AUGGACCCGUACCAAUGCCAAGAUCUCCAAACUGAGGCAAAUACAAAGAUGUCUAUAGUUGAUGGGGUGUGUGAGAAGAGUGACAACAAUAAAGGAGGUUCAAAAUCUCAGUGUGUCUUCACCAAUCCUGAGGUCAACAUGAAGCAGAAACUCUCUAAAGACUUGGCUAGUUUCCAACUGUUGCUAAAAGAAUUUGAAGAACUCACUCUUGAACUCACUGGUCCUGUGGAAAAGUCUGCAAAGAAGCAGACCCUGGAGGAUUUGAAAACAAUUGAGCAUAGAUUUGUAAGAGAUGUCCUGCAGGAUUCUGAGAAAAGAAACCAAGAAAGUCUUGUGGAUAAGGUGAAGCAGGCGAAGAGGAUGGUAGAACAAUAUGUUUUUGAUGCUAAAAUGGAAAUUAAAAAAGCUGAGAGGAAGAAAAUGAAAUUGCAAGUGCAGAGCAAGAAGCAAGAGAUGCAGAGUUCAAAGAAGAAAAAGUAA